GGAAUAUCAACAGCUUGCUCUAUCGCUCUCUCACAAGUAGUCAAAUUUCGGCUCUGUUUGUGUAUGUUCAUGUCAAGAAUAUGAAGAGAGUUCAGCUUCAAUCUUGUCCUGUCUUGACCCUCGGAGCUGAGCUACUGCCACGCCCCACGGUAAACCUAUCACAUUCUUUCCCGCAUCAGACAUCAACCUCAGCCUGUUUUCAUCCCAGUUCUCAUCCGCCGAUUCACUGCGAUACGCCUCGUCGCUUCUCUUACGCCUCAAGAAAGGCAGGUCAUGUGACUGACUAUUCUCGUUCACAUUCUCCCAUCAUCACAUCAACCAUCAUGCUCAAGGCUUACAAGAACCUCUCACCCAAGACACGUCUCGGCGUCGGUAUCGCAAUCAUCGCUUGGGGCGCUGGAGGACUCAUGUUGACUGAUCCACUUGAGAAGUCUCUUGGCUUGACUCCAACCGAAGAGGACAAGGCUGAGCUGGACAAAUACACACCAAAAAUUACCACUGUUGACAAGAACGAGAAAGACGGUAACUGAACUGAGAGGCUUGCAAUACAUAUAUAAACCAUAUCUACACGUCUCUCAAGGGCAAUGUUUCGCCAAGGAUAGCGAACAAAGCGCAGCAGCGUCAAGGAAUGAUCUCAUUACAUCAGACACAAACACAUAAUACUUCACAAAGGGGCACAAGUAGAAAUAUAGGCAAACAUCAUUAACCUGCUCCAAGCCAUCAAGUCAUGAUGGUCUACCGGUUGACCGUCAACCGGUUAGACCUCCCUUUCUAUCUUGAUCAAAGUCUAAUAUGCAGUUACAACUCCUCUUCCCGUCUAUUCUCGACAAAUGCAUUGCACAACGGUGCCAACCAUGGAUGUGUGAGGCCAAUCCGGUCUACCUUGAGAUGACCAUCACAUUGGUGAAACCCAGUGACCCAGGAAACAAAGAAAAUGAAGAAAACAAAGCAGAAUGCAGCGCAACGCCUCCAGAUGCAGCCCCCGCCCCUAUAGUACUUUUUUUGGUUCUGUAAGAAAUUCAUACUGCCGUCCCUUAGUCAAGCUCCGUCUUGACAGACGCAGUGCCAGCGUCUUCCACCACUUGCGGAAGUGGUUUGAAUAGUUUUGCCAUCUCUAAUGUGAGAUCCAUUGCUCCAUACUGAUCAUCAAUCUCUCCAACAGAUCCUAAUUCUUCUCCUCUGCUCGCGCCAUCUGACAUCACCCACGACUUCACCGACUUCAAUAAUUGGAUAAUUUGGACAAACCGGGCAUCCGGCGACAACCGUAAGUCCGCAGCUUGCGUGUGCUUGAGCAGG